AUGGAGCCAAGACCGAGCCUCGUCGCCUUCCUCCAACGGUAUCAGGAUCUCGCCACUUACCAAGACUCGCACAUCAAUUUGAUCAAGUGGCUGCUGAUACCCUCCUCACAGGAUCUCUUGGUCUAUGCCGAGUCGAUAGAGUCAACCCUCCGAGCUGAAAAUACGGAACUGGCCCAGAGAGUGCAUGAACGAAACUUGGACUACGAAGAUGCUACUCGAUCCAGGCGUGAGCUACAGCAACGCAUUCACGCCCUCGAAACGCAACUUGGAACGUCCAUCUUGACCAACGAACAAAUAAAAAAUUCCAACUCCUAUGUGGUCGUAUUGAUAGACGGGGACGGGCUCAUUUUCAAACCGGAGCUGAUCCAACAGGGUCUUGCUGGGGGCAAAAAGGCUGCUUACGCCUUGAGAUCAGCAAUUUUGGGCCAAUGUGGCCCUCACGGCAAUGAAAUUGGAGUUCUCGCACAGGUCUACCUCAAUCUCGCCGGCCUUAGCAAGGCGAUGCGCCGAGAUGGCUGUCUGGAGAAUGAGAGCAACCUCAAAGAUUUCACGCUCGGCUUCACACAGGCCAAGGCCACUUUUGACUUUGUCGAUGUCGGCCACGGCAAAGAAAGAGCCGAUAAUAAGAUCAAGGAAAUGACAAAAUGGCAUCUCAGGAACCACAACUGCAAGCAAGUUAUACUGGGCAUAUCACACGAUGCAGGGUAUGCCCCGUUUCUCGACGAGCUGUUCCAAGAGGAUAGUGUUCAGCACCAGAUCACCAUCUUGGAAGGCGUACCUGGUAUGUUGGCCAGUGAGCGAGCAGCAGCGAGUAAACUGUGCUCUUAUACUGACCAAGUUACAAUAGUGGUGCGUGAGCUGAGGGCCAUCGGCGCAAAUAUACUGAAUUUGAACAGCAUCCUGUUUCGGUCUGAAAAGCUUGUUGAUAGGGUGUCAGAGUCGGCUAGCUCUGAGUCAUUCGGCUCACCUUUCACGCCUGUUCCUGCCACCCCGGUUGUUGAACACAACAAGCCUGCCACACCAACUACCGAGAUGAAACCGGUCGUGCCGGCUGUCCCCGCCAUCUCUGCUGUCCCCGCCUUCCCCGUUACUGUACCGACGCCUCCUGUCGUCAGGGCCACAGCCAUGACCAGUAACAGUGUCGCAAGUAUCGAUAGUAUAGGCAGCUCCGAGCCACAGACACCAUCCUCGGCAUCGGCGGCUUCAACGUCAACUCCGGCAGCCACAACUUAUGCUAAAGCCAUCAAGAGUGCCACCCCUCCACCGCCUCCACCGGUGAUCACAUUGCCUGCGCAUACCAAGGCGGCUUUGCAGCAGCAGCCGUCUUCCCGGGCCUCUCACAAAACCCCAAACAAGCCAAAGCCAGUUCCUUGGAACCCAGGACCUCGCGGUCUUGAUCCCCCUCUUCAGGUCUCGCAGUCUGCGCUGGACAACCUCAAGAAGAGGAAAGACAGCAACAAGCUGUGCAACAAUCAUUACCUCCGCGGCCCCUGUUCCAAGGGCGAUUCAUGCAACUUCGAACACAAUUACAAGCCCACCAAAGAGGAGUUGGUGGCCAUUGCGUUCCUGACAAGGCUGAACCCGUGCUCCGGGGGCCAAGAGUGCGAUGUGGACGAUUGCAUCUAUGGCCAUCACUGCCCAAGCGUUAUCAACGGCGCCUGCACACAUCCUUAUUGCAAGUUCGACAAGGAGGAUCACCCCCCUGGAACGAAGAUUAAGGCUCAUCACAAGGGGAGCCACGAUCGCUAG